CCCACCUGCUUGUCCUGCCGUGCUGAGGCGCUUUAAUAUCAGCCGGGCCGGAGUGUCAGCCGCGCUUCUCUUGAAGCGAAGCUAUGCGAUGGCGGCGGCCGCGGCGGGGGUGAGGUUGGCGGCGGCAUUGGCAUUAUGGCCGUGGUUUCCACGCAGAGGGAGCUGAGCCGGAGCGAGCAAGGCCGGCUGAAACGGAGGACGGAGCGGCUUUAAAUUUCCACCCCUCCCCGAGCACGGAGCCAGCCCCUGCGACGAAGGCUCAUCCGCCAGCGCGGUACUCCUGAGCUAAGCGCGAAAUGACCGGAAGUCAGUCACCCCGACUCCGUUGUUUGCUUCACCAGCCUGCCCUGUGAACAGCACUGUCGCUUUAAUAAUCCCAUGUCAAGGGAUUGCUUUCAAUCCUCUUGGGUGUAAUACAAGAGGAUCAGAGGGAUGUUACAGACCAGAAGGCUGGGCGGAGAGUCUACAAAUGAAAGUGACCGGCUGUGCUGGUAACCAACUGAAACUUCGGAGCUUAGUUUGCAGCAUUCAGAAGACCAGGAUGUCUGUCUAAUGGGCAAAAAGAAAUCCUCGUGACCGCAUCAGGAAGAAAGAAAGAAAAAAAAUUCUCUUUGAAUUGCCUCCAGGUUCCUUAGAAUUUUAUUUGGAUUAUUUAAGACGGGGUCGGGUGGUUUUGGACUGUGGAAUACUGAGAUUGCCAAGUUUUUGGACUGUGUGCCUUAAUUGCAUUUUUUUUGGGGGGGGGACGUUCACUCAACUUCUGAAUACAAUACACAAACGAUCCUUCGUGGUUGGAAGAGGGAUUCUUAGACACUUUUGUAAACAAACGGAUGUGUGUUUUCUCCGAUAUAUUUUUAUAGCUUGGGAAAUACUUUGCAGAUUUUUGACAACUGCUUGUGGCAGAAAUUCUCUUCAAACUCCCCUCCCUGCCUUGCUCUUUUCCUGGUCCUGUUGGAAGUUUUUAACUUGAGGAAUUACGAGCAUCCUUGGGGGAAAAUGAAGAAAUAAGAGUUUUUAAGCUGAACCGUUUUGAGUGGGACGGCAGACUUCUGACUUCCUAAGAUAACCUCGGAAAGACUCUACAGUAAAUAAUAUUUUCAUCCAGUGCCAGAAGUCACAGCAAGAAUGCCAGUGAAGAAGAAAGACACUGAUCGAGCUUUAGCACUUCUGGAAGAUUAUUGUAAGAAGCUAAAAAAGCCAGAGGAGAAACAAUUGAAAAAAGCCAUUAAGAAAGUGAUGGGCAUCUUUAAAAGCAGUUUGUUCCAGGCCUUACUAGACAUUCAAGAAUUCUAUGAACUGACCCUACUGAACUCUCAGAAAAGUUGCCAGCAAAAGAUAGAAGAAGCCAAUCAGGUUGCAGAAAAGUGGGAAAAGACACCGUCUCUAGGAACGGAUAAUGAAAACCAGCCCAAAACAUCAGAGAUGGGAGUUUCAGAUGGGUCUGACAGAUCAGAGGUCUGUGAACGUGAGGCGAAAGGAAAACCGGUUCCCGAUCACUGUUCCACAGAGAAUGUUGCAAAGCAGAGUCACACAAGAUGUCCUGCCCACAAAUGUUCCGUCGAAUCGCCUGGAUGGCUGCCUAUUCAACAUUCUAAGUAUCAUUAUCAAGAUGAGGAUGCACCACAUGACCAUACUUUACCUCGUUUAACGCAUGAAGUGAGAGGUCCAGAAUUAGUCCACAUUUCUGAAAAGAACUUAUCGCAGAUAGAAAAUGUCCAUGGAUAUGUCCUACAGUCGCACAUCUCACCUCUGAAGGCCAGCCCUGCUCCUAUUAUUGUCAAUACAGAUACAUUGGACACCAUCCCUUAUGUCAACGGCACAGAGAUUGAAUAUGAAUUUGAAGAAAUUACAUUGGAAAGGGGCAAUUCUGGCCUGGGGUUCAGUAUUGCUGGAGGAACAGAUAAUCCACAUAUUGGGGACGAUCCCGGAAUAUUUAUUACUAAGAUAAUACCUGGAGGAGCUGCCGCAGAGGAUGGAAGACUCAGAGUCAACGAUUGCAUUUUGCGGGUGAAUGAGGUUGAUGUAUCUGAAGUGUCACAUAGCAAAGCUGUUGAGGCACUGAAGGAAGCCGGCUCUAUCGUACGACUCUAUGUCCGUCGGAGGAGACCUAUUCUGGAGACUGUGGUGGAAAUUAAACUGUUCAAAGGACCCAAAGGUCUGGGAUUCAGCAUUGCCGGAGGCGUAGGAAACCAGCACAUCCCUGGAGACAACAGCAUCUACGUCACCAAAAUUAUUGAUGGUGGCGCAGCCCAAAAGGACGGACGGUUGCAAGUCGGAGACAGGCUUCUUAUGGUAAACAAUUACAGUUUAGAAGAAGUAACGCACGAAGAAGCAGUAGCAAUAUUGAAGAAUACAUCGGAUGUAGUCUAUUUAAAAGUGGGGAAGCCAACCACCAUCUAUAUGACCGACCCUUAUGGCCCUCCAGAUAUUACUCAUCCUUAUUCCCCGCCAAUGGAAAACCACAUCCUGUCUUCAGGCAACAACGGCACUUUAGAAUACAAGACCUCGUUGGCCCCCAUCUCGCCUGGAAGAUACUCACCUCUCCCAAAGCACAUGCUAGUGGAAGAUGACUACCCCAGGCCUCCUGAACCCGUUUACAGCACUGUGAACAAAUUCUGUGAUAAGCCACCUUCUCCUAGGCAUUAUUCCCCUGUCGAGUGUGACCAAAGCUUCCUCCUUUCAGCUCCCUACCCCCACUACCACAUAGGCCUGCUCCCUGACUCUGAAAUCAUCAGUCAUUCCAGGCAUAGUUCUGUAACCCAGCUUCCCACCGUGAAUAUCCAGAGGACCAUGUCAAUAGAAGGGGAGCCUCGGAAGGUUGUCUUACACAAGGGCUCGACGGGGCUUGGUUUUAACAUUGUAGGAGGAGAAGACAGGGAAGGCAUCUUUGUCUCCUUCAUCCUAGCAGGUGGGCCGGCUGACCUCAGUGGGGAACUGCAGCGGGGAGACCAGAUUUUGUCUGUCAACGGGAUUGAUCUUCGUGGUGCUACACAUGAACAAGCGGCCGCAGCCCUGAAAGGAGCAGGCCAGGUGGUGACCAUUAUAGCACAAUACCAGCCUGAAGAGUACGCUCGAUUUGAGGCUAAAAUCCAUGAUCUGCGCGAACAGAUGAUGAAUCACAGCAUGAGUUCCGGCUCCGGCUCCCUGCGAACCAAUCAAAAGCGUUCUCUCUAUGUCAGAGCCAUGUUUGACUAUGACAAAAGCAAGGACAGUGGCCUCCCCAGCCAAGGACUCAGCUUCAAGUAUGGAGAUAUUCUCCACGUUAUCAACGCCUCCGAUGACGAGUGGUGGCAAGCAAGGAGGGUCCUGCUGGAAGGCGACAGUGAAGAGAUGGGAGUUAUACCUAGCAAAAGAAGGGUGGAAAGGAAAGAGAAAGCACGUUUAAAAACAGUGAAAUUUAAUUCCAAGCCUGGUGUGAUCGAUGCCAAAGGGUCAUUCAAUGACAAGCGUAAAAAGAACUUCAUCUUUUCGCGAAAAUUCCCAUUCUACAAGAGCAAGGAGAUGUGCGAGCAGGACACCAGUGACCCGGAACAACAUCUCUCUUCUAAUGCCAGCGAUAGCGAAAGUAGCUACAGAGGCCAGGAGGACUGCAUUCUCUCCUACGAACCUGUUACACGGCAGGAAAUUAAUUACACCAGGCCGGUUAUUAUCCUUGGCCCAAUGAAAGAUCGGAUAAAUGAUGAUUUGAUAUCCGAGUUCCCUGACAAAUUUGGCUCCUGCGUCCCACAUACCACUCGACCGAAGCGCGAUUAUGAAGUGGACGGUAGAGAUUACCACUUCGUCAUCUCCAGAGAACAAAUGGAAAAGGACAUUCAAGAGCACAAAUUCAUCGAAGCUGGCCAGUAUAACGAUAAUCUGUAUGGAACAAGCGUGCAGUCCGUGCGAUUUGUAGCCGAAAGGGGCAAGCACUGUAUCCUGGAUGUAUCAGGAAAUGCAAUUAAACGACUUCAAGUUGCACAACUGUACCCUAUUGCCAUCUUCAUUAAGCCUAGAUCGUGGGAGCCUUUGAUGGAAAUGAAUAAACGUCUCACGGAGGAACAGGCCAAGAAAACGUAUGACCGCGCCAUGAAAUUAGAACAAGAAUUUGGAGAAUAUUUUACAGCGAUUGUCCAAGGAGAUACCUUAGAAGAUAUAUAUAACCAAACCAAACUCGUGAUCGAAGAACAAUCGGAUUCCUUCAUCUGGAUUCCUUCCAAGGAAAAACUAUAAAGUUGCCGACCCACCUCCGAUCGCAACGGAGAAGUAUUUAGAAGAAAAUUUAAUCCUAACUUAUUUGGAAGCUUCGGGGAGGGCUGGGGGGGAGGGG